UCACAGCCACCACUGGUCCAAGCAAUCUUCAGUGGAGACCCAGAAGAGAUACGGAUGCUCAUCCACAAAACCGAAGAUGUGAAUGCUCUGGAUUCUGAGAAGCGAACCCCCCUUCAUGUGGCCGCGUUUUUGGGAGAUGCAGAGAUCAUUGAGCAGCUGAUUCUGUCAGGAGCUCGUGUAAAUGCCAAGGACAACAUGUGGCUGACCCCACUGCACCGGGCGGUUGCCUCCAGAAGUGAAGAAGCAGUGCAAGUAUUGAUUAAGCACUCAGCUGAUGUCAAUGCGAGGGACAAGAACUGGCAGACCCCACUCCACGUGGCAGCAGCCAAUAAGGCUGUCAAGUGUGCAGAAGUGAUCAUUCCUUUGCUGAGCAGCGUCAAUGUCUCCGACCGAGGAGGGAGGACAGCCUUACACCAUGCAGCUCUGAAUGGCCAUGUGGAGAUGGUCAAUUUACUCUUGGCCAAAGGGGCGAACAUCAAUGCAUUUGAUAAGAAGGACCGGCGUGCUCUGCACUGGGCAGCAUAUAUGGGCCACCUGGAUGUUGUGGCAUUGCUCAUUAACCAUGGCGCAGAAGUGACAUGUAAGGAUAAGAAGGGUUAUACACCCCUGCACGCCGCAGCCUCCAACGGACAGAUCAAUGUUGUCAAACACCUCCUGAAUCUGGGGGUGGAGAUUGAUGAAAUCAACGUCUAUGGGAAUACUGCCCUUCACAUUGCCUGCUACAAUGGCCAGGAUGCUGUAGUGAAUGAGCUGAUUGACUACGGUGCUAAUGUGAACCAGCCAAACAACAACGGGUUCACCCCCUUGCAUUUUGCUGCUGCCUCCACUCAUGGUGCUUUGUGUCUUGAGCUGCUUGUCAACAACGGAGCGGAUGUUAACAUUCAGAGUAAAGAUGGCAAAAGUCCACUGCACAUGACAGCUGUCCAUGGAAGGUUCACAAGGUCACAAACACUCAUUCAGAAUGGAGGUGAAAUUGACUGUGUCGAUAAGGAUGGCAAUACUCCUCUUCAUGUGGCUGCAAGAUACGGUCAUGAGCUUUUGAUUAACACCUUAAUAACCAGCGGAGCGGACACAGCCAAGUGUGGAAUCCAUAGCAUGUUCCCCUUACAUUUAGCAGCCCUAAAUGCUCACUCUGACUGCUGCAGAAAGUUGUUGUCAUCGGGCUUUGACAUAGACACCCCAGAUAAAUUUGGAAGAACGUGCCUUCAUGCUGCUGCUGCAGGAGGCAACAUGGAAUGUAUAAAACUCUUGCAGAGCAGCGGAGCGGAUUUCCACAGAAAGGACAAGUGUGGGAGGACCCCUUUGCACUAUGCAGCUGCGAAUUGUCAUUUCCACUGUAUUGAGACAUUAGUGACCACAGGGGCCAACGUUAAUGAAACAGAUGACUGGGGAAGGACAGCUUUGCACUACGCUGCUGCAUCAGACAUGGAUAGAAAUAAGACCAUCUUAGGAAAUGCCCAUGAAAAUUCAGAAGAACUUGAAAGAGCCAGGGACAUGAAGGAAAAGAAAGCCGCGUUGUGUUUAGAGUUUCUGCUUCAGAAUGAUGCAAACCCAUCUAUCCGGGACAAGGAAGGAUACAAUAGUAUUCAUUAUGCUGCUGCCUUUGGCCACAGACAGUGUCUGGAGUUGCUUUUGGAAAGGACCAACAAUGGUUUUGAAGAUUCAGAUUCUGGUGCUACCAAGAGUCCACUCCACUUAGCUGCCUACAAUGGGCACCAUCAAGCUCUGGAAGUCCUUCUGCAGUCCCUGGUAGACCUGGACAUGCGGGAUGAGAAAGGCCGCACUGCUCUGGACCUGGCUGCCUUUAAGGGACACACAGAAUGUGUGGAAGCACUUCUCAACCAGGGUGCAUCCAUCUUAGUGAAAGACAAUGUAACCAAAAGAACCCCACUUCAUGCCUCAGUAAUUAAUGGUCACACACUGUGUUUGCGGUUAUUACUAGAAACAACAGACAACCCAGAAGUGGUUGAUGUGAAAGAUGCCAAAGGACAAACCCCACUGAUGCUUGCAGUAGCAUAUGGCCAUAUCGAUGCUGUUUCAUUGUUACUUGAAAAAGAAGCAAAGGUAGAUGCUGUUGACAUCACGGGAUGCACAGCCUUGCACCGAGGGAUUAUGACGGGACACGAGGAAUGUGUGCAAAUGCUGCUGGAACAAGAAGUGUCAAUUCUCUGUAAAGAUUCCAGAGGGAGGACGCCCCUGCACUACGCAGCUGCUCGUGGUCACGCCACGUGGCUGAGUGAGCUGCUUCAGAUGGCACUUUCCGAAGAGGACUGUUCCUUCAAAGAUAAUCAAGGCUACACACCGCUGCACUGGGCUUGUUACAACGGUAAUGAAAAUUGUCUGGAGGUACUUUUGGAGCAAAAAUGUUUUCGCAAGUUCGUUGGUAAUCCCUUUACUCCACUGCACUGCGCCAUAAUAAAUGAUCAUGAGAGCUGUGCAUCUCUGUUACUUGGGGCCAUAGAUUCCAGCAUUGUCAGCUGUAGAGACGACAAAGGAAGAACACCACUUCAUGCGGCAGCCUACGCUGACCAUGUGGAGUGCUUGCAGCUUCUUUUGCGACACAAUGCUCAAGUGAACGCAGCGGACAAUUCAGGGAAGACAGCACUUAUGACGGCUGCUGAGAACGGGCAGGCAGGCGCUGUGGAUAUUUUGGUGAACAGUGCCCAGGCUGACCUGACUGUACAAGAUAAAGACUUGAAUACACCCUUACAUUUGGCUAGUAGUAAAGGUCAUGAAAAAUGUGCCUUGCUAAUACUUGACAAGAUACAAGACGAGAGCCUUAUUAAUGCAAAAAAUAAUGCACUGCAGACACCUCUCCACGUUGCUGCGCGCAAUGGCUUGAAGAUGGUAGUUGAGGAGUUGCUAGCCAAAGGGGCCUGUGUACUUGCUGUAGAUGAAAAUGCUUCUAGGUCAAACGGACCCCGUUCCGCACUUGGAACAGCUGUACAAAAAGAAGAAUGA